AGUUAGCCGAGGAGCUUUCGGUUAGCCCCGAAGCUAGCAGGCCACAUACACAAACAUGGACGAUGAAGAUCUGGACGAGCUGCUCGAUGAAGUUGAAAAGAAGUUUUGCAGCAACGUUUCUGUCGCGUCUUCAGCUCGCGUGGACUCGAGCGAUGCUGGGAAACGCGGGAAAGACAACGAAGGACAGAGAAAACACCGCGCCACAAAACCCAAACAGCCGAUAAGCAGCGUCUCUGAGGAUAUUGACGCCCUUCUGGAGGAGUUACUGGAGGAAGACUACAGUGAUUCACCUCAAGUAAAGACUGAACAGUUUCCUAAAGGGACACAAGACAAGAAGAAACUGUCGUCUCAGUCUGGAGGGAGAAAGUGCUAUCCUGUUUUCGUUGGCGGGAGCUCUGUCACAAAUGGUGUGGGAACAGCCACAUCCAAGAGGUCAUGUGACCAGUUGCGUUGUAUAUCCUGUGACUUCCGGGUGCUGAUGUUUGAUGACUGUGAGUGGGACUCGUCCUGUGAUUACCUGUUUCUCAGGAACAACAUGCCGGACUGCCAGAAGCUCAGAGACAAGCUGAAGAAGAGGAGAGGUUUCCGGGCGUACGCCUGCCAGUGCAGCUGGUUCUCCACGUUGGAGUCGACGGACCUCCGGGACCAGCCUGAACUCCGAUGGGUCUGUGGCAAACACCAGGGCUGAUAUUCAUGCCUCACUGCUGCAAGAUGGCAAAACUGCCUUUUGCUGCUUAUCUUUUCUCUCUGUCUGUUCAUCUGUUAGGCUGAGUUCUGUCCUUUAGUCCAUCCAUCUGUUCAGCAGACUUUCAGAAACAUUAGAAAAACACCAAAUCCAUUUUCAGACAGAAAAAUCUGCAAUGAAAAGGACCUUCAAGUAGGAGACUUUGGCCAAAUAUAUUUAUAAGGAACAGUUGACAGCUACCAAUAACAUUGGCGAUACAGAACAGGUUGUACUAUAUGAUGAGUAUGUAUUAUUUAAAUUAAAUUACAGGCAAAUAUGCAUUGUUGCCUUUUAGAUGAUGGUUCACCAUCCACAGUAUGUUUGUCAGUGGGUGCUGACAUUGUCGUGUGACCUCAGACAGUUACCUCUUCCUGAAGAUGAAUGUACACAGAGUUCACAAGCAGGAACUCACUUUGGGUGGCGUUGAGUUGUACUUUUUCUAGUUGGAGGUCAUAAAAGGUUUGAGUUCCGAGUUCUCUUGAACGCAGCAUCACUUAGCUGCUAGGAUUGCUAAAUUAGCAGCAAGGCUAACUGAGCUAAUUGCAGUUAGCAGCAGUUAUGGCCUGAUAUAUACAUGAGAGUGAAUUAUAGAGGGGGAGAGUCUCAUCUCUUACACAUUGUACCUUUUUUGUAAAUGGUUAAUCUGAACCACUAGAAAGCAGAUAAGUUUAGAGUUUUACUGUAAAAGUAUGGAACAUCUGCAGUGACACAAGAGCGCCCUUCUGAUAUCAUAUCUAUAUAUUCUGACUGACAAAGAAAUCUGAGAGAAUCCUGUUUGCAGCUCUGUAGCAUAACUUGUUUUUUUUAGGUUGUUUUUUUAGGUUGCUUAUUGAAUCUCCUCACUUGUGAUUUCUCUUUUGUAUCACUGGAAUCAUUUUCUGAGCUGUGGUUACUAUAAACUGCAGCGGUCAUUGUUUUCUUGCUCCAGUUAACACAACUUUGAGUUGAAUCUGUUGUUGCAUCUGUUUUAAUCAAUCCGCUCCUAAAAAGGAGCACAGGUCUCUCCUCCUUCUGGUGAAACACCACAGGACCUUUAUUUUGGAAAAAAUAUGUACGUAAGUCAACUGCAAGAUACAACACCUUUGUUGAUCCUGUUUGAAUUGUGCCCUGAAUUACACACAAUGUUUUUCAAUUUAAAUGAUAAUUUUGCAGAGAAAGACAGUUUGUCAUAAAAAACAGUAAAGUUACAUUUAGAUUUAUGUGAAAUCACUCAAUGAACAUCAUCUCUCAACUCGCAGAACAUACUACAUCACCAACAUGUUUGUUGUAAAAGUAUAAGUCUGUGAAAACACGUAAUUACAAAGAACACAAACCCAGAAGUCGCUCGUGUAUGUAACGUCUUAACUCUUUCCAUGACUGAAGAUAACGUCAAAGCGCUUCCAUGUGUAGAUGAUGUGAUGAAACAACCAGCAGUCUUUGGGUGAUGGCAGAACAAAAAUGUGCUUGAAAGUUUUCGUAGUAGCUGGCGAGGCCAGCCGCCCGCUCACAGAGCCCUCUGCUCCCGCCGUCACACAGACCGCUGCAGCAACAACGGCA